AAAUACAAAUUAUAAAUGUAAGUUUAUUACUAUUAAUUAAAUAAUAUAAACUCAUUUGAACAUUGAUGGAAAACCACACGACACCACAUGGGUUAUGUCACCGAUAGUUCCCUUUAAAUGGCACACGAUGCAAAACCUCCCUUCCUUAAACAGAAAAACCCUCCAUGGCUUCAUCUGACUGGUUUCAACCACCCUCAUAUUCGCCGACCUUUGUGGCAUCAAUGGAACCAAACCAGGACCAAGCCCUGCAGCAGGUCCAUUGCCCCCGAUGCGACUCCACCGAAACCAAGUUCUGUUACUACAACAACUACUCUCUUUCCCAGCCACGUUACUUCUGCAGGUCAUGUAGACGCUACUGGACCAAAGGUGGCACCCUCCGAAACAUCCCCGUCGGCGGAGUCUGCCGGAAAAACAAGAAACUUUCUUCCACUUCCAGCAAGCCCGACACCACCCACCACCGCCGCCAAACCCCAGAUGUGAACGGAAAUGGGAACACUAGUCUUCAACUUUCGUAUCCAGAAUCUCCGGCUAAGUUCACGGAGGGUGGCGGCGUUGGUGGAGAGUAUAAGGGUGAUGGACCUUUUCCGGCAAUGGUGGCAAGCGGUGCGGAUACGGGUAAUACCCAUGGGCUGAUUCUAUUUGGAGAAAUGGAGCAUUAUGAGAACAUGAUGGAUAAGGUUGAUGCGAAGCGUAGUAGGGUCUUCGCGUUUGAAUGGCAAGAACAAAUGGAUUGUCGUUCGGAUCUUUAUGGUUCAGGUGAAGGGAGAAACGAGUCGUUUGGCUAUUAAUGGGUCUUUGGUUCACAUGAGACCCGUUCAUAAACGGAUAGGUCCAUAAAAUGAUGGUAAUGAUAUAUAUAAUAUAUGUAUGAUUUUCAGAAGCUUUUGGUCCAAAUAUUAAUGGUUAGGUUUCUGUAAUUCGGAUUUUAUUUUCCUUUCUCUAGUAUAUGUAAAAUUUUACUUAUUUUCUUGA